CGCAGUCAGUGGAGGAACAUGCAAACUACACACAGAAAUAUCCCGAGCCCGAGAUGGAACUCAGGACUGCUCAGGACCUUCAUAUUAUGAGGCAGAUGCACUAACCCCUCUACCACCGUGCUGACUCUUUUUCAAUGUGACAAAACAGAGCAUUCUGAAAAGAAAGCCCGGAUGAAUUUAGACAGGAGAGAUUUACGAGGUAACAUUUGUGACAUGAUUUUAACUUUAAUUGGGAUAAGAAAUCUGUUAUGUUUAGUCAAUUUUUUUUUUCAAAAUAAAUAUGAGGUAAGGAGUUUCUGCAAUUCAAAACCUUUUAGAGGACAAGUUAUAUCAGAAUUAAUUGUGUUCCUUAUGUGUCAUUAGAAUAUUUACUAACUAAUGCGUUUCUUUCUUUCAUUUACAUGGAAUUAUUUUUCAACAGUAUGUGUAAAAGGAUUUCACGUGUAUUUGUGAAAACAAUUUUAGUAGUAUGUGUGAAAGGAUUUCAGUUAUGUGUAUAAAGAGCAUUUUACCAGUGUAUGAGGGACAUUGCAUUCCGGUUCCGGUCACCAAUAAUCCCCGCCCCUUUUAGGUUUAGAAAAAAUCCCGCCACUUGUCAUCCUAAAUUGUAGCUACGUUGUUCGCAACAGUAAUGUCUGCCCAAAUUCCUACAAGUAGCUUAAGUAAGGCAGCAGCUUUACUUCACUCUGUGUUGGCUUAACCGGAUAAUUCAGGUCACUGUCAAAUGUAGCAACAGUAGUCCAGCAGCCGACCCCUGCACAUCCAAGACACUAAAGACCGUGGGCGGUCACUUAGCUUCUCUUUUCCCCUCCCGUCAGGUAAGCGGCAUGGCGCCGCUUACUGAAGCUCAAGUCCGGAGUGCGCCACCACGUUAUCAGGCGCAGCAAUACUGUUCAUGGACAACAGGCACGAGAAGGAAAAGGUAAUUUGUUUUAUUCUCACUGAUUGUUUAAUCUGAGGGUCCCCAAACUACGGCCCGCCACGUCCAAAAUCCGGCCUGCGGAAAGUCCCAAGUAUAAAAAGUAUACUCUUUUUUUUUUUUAAAUCUGUCCUUCCCAAUACAUUUUCUACCGUUUGAUAUUCUCGGUGUCUCCCUGUCGCUCAAGCAAAACAUAUUGUCUAAAAAUGCAUUUUCCUAUCGAUAACAUGACAUCAUCGGGCGAGAACGGGCAAAGUGCAACUCUUUCGUAACACAACAUGGCAUGGUAAGGAGGUCGCAGUUUGUGCCAUCACUACAAACAGGCUAACAACUUGUGAUGCUUGAGUUUCUGUCGGUCUUAAGAGUCUCAGAUCUAUUGCAAACUUGUCGUAUGUUUGCGGGGCGGCCUGAAAAGUAUACUGUCAAAUCAUAUACAUAUGCCACCUAGUAUUGUUUGUAGUGUUGUAGCCUUGUUGCUAUGGUAACAAACAUGCGAAAUUGUGAGUCAGGUGGCGAGAUGUCAGUUGAAUUAGCUGUUCUUCACUUAGUGUGUGAAAGCAGGCCGUGGAAAAAUAAAUCUUACACAAAAUAUGGGUCAUUUUGGAGAAGCAGCAGGUGCACUACUACUGCAUGAAGAUAACUUGUAAAUGUAACAGCUGUGAGAGAGUGCAUCUGCAGGUAAACCUAUUUUGUUCUCUCAUCCAAAACUAUUACUUCAAAUGUCUACUAUAUUGUAUAUCUCUCCCCAACACUAACAUAUAUGUUUUUUCAGGGUUGAUUGAUGCUCACAGAAAAAUCACGUAAAUAAUGCUGUUCAGAGCUUGAAGUGAUAAAACAGGUUAAAAUAUUUGACCGUAAUAUCAAUAUUAGUAGUUAAAACAUAACUGAUACUGAUAAACACUGCCCAUUGCUGAUGUAUUAUUGAUAGGACGUGUGGGCUGGUAUUUUCAUUUUAUUUCCUAAAGCAGUAUGACUUAUAUUGUGUUUGCUCCUUUCAUGUGAUCUGAUUGUUACAUUCUUAUUUCAGUGUCAGACCACAACAACACACCUUUUUUUAACAAGGAUGUAUUACCACUCCCUGAUCAAUCAUGGGGAGUAAUGUACAAACAAGGUCCAAAAUCAUGGUUACACAAACAUGGACACAUUGUGUCCAUGUUUGUGUAACCAUGUAACUCAGUGUAACUCAGUGCCGUUGAAUUCCAGAAGGAUUGGGACCACCAGACUGUGUUAGAACGCAUCAGGGAUGGCUUUGGUGAGCACAUUCCAAACGAUGUCAGACUGACUUUGAGGAAGAAUAUGACUGUUGUACCGGAUCUACAUUAAACAUGCGUGCAUUUAAAGGCAGCGGUCCUAAGAGUCACACAAACAUUAGCAGUAAUGUCACCACCGGGGCUGCUACCAGGUAUAGAGCAACGAGGACUGCUCCGUAUCACAAUACGAGAAGUCAUGAUGGAGAUGGCAAACCUGACACUAGCACUGGUCAAGAAGACAGCUAUAGCGCCAAUCGCACUGUCAGCAGUUGUGGUGAUGAUGGAGGCUGCUGCCUUGCAAGAGACGAUCGGAACCCUGGCAUGAGUGGUGAUGAUGGAGGCUGCUGCCUUGCAAGAGACGAUGUGAAACCUGGCACUAGUGGUGAUGAUGGAGGCUGCCUUGCAAGACAUGAUGGUGACUACGCUUCAUAUUUGUCACUUGUUUCUACUCUUUUGCCUAACUCUUCAGAUGACGAGGAAUUAAAUCAAAUAAUAGUUGCCAUUAUGGAGAGUCAAAGGUGAGUAGCACACACAGUAUGUGAGUUUGAGUCAUCAGAAUAACGCUCAAGAACGAUGUGGUCUCAUAAGUGAUAUGAAAUUAAUAACCUUCACAUUAUCACAUCCCUCCUUUCUGAGCUGCCACCUUAACGUGGUAGAGGAGUUUGCAUGUCCCAAUGAUCCUAGGAGCUAUGUUGUCCAGGGACUUCUAUGCCCCCUGGUAGGGUCUCCCAAGACAAACUGGUCCGAGGUGAGGGAUCAAAAAAAGAGCAGCUCGAAGAUCUCUAUGAAGAACACAAAACAAAGGACCCAGAUUUCCCUCGCCCGGACGCGGGUCACCAGGGCCCCCCUCUGGAGGUGGGGGCAAGAUGGCCCAGCCGGACACAGCCCGGAGAGGCAAAGUGGGUCCCUCCUCCAAUGGGCUCAUCACCCAUAGCAGGGGCCAUAGAGGUCGGGUGCAGUGUGAGCUGGGCAGCAGCCGAAAGCAGGGCACUUGGAGGUCAGAUCUCCGGCUACAGAAGCUAGCUCUUGGGACGUGGAACGUCACCUCUCUGGGGGGGAAGGAGCCUGAGCUUGUGCGUGAGGUAGAGAAGUUCCGGCUGGAUAUAGUCGGAUUCACUUCAACGCACAGCAAGGGCUCAGGAACCAGUUCUCUCGAGAGGGGCUGGACUCUCUUCCACUCUGGCGUUGCCGGCAGUGAGAGGCGACGAGCUGGGGUGUCAAUUCUUGUUGCCCCCCAGCUCAAAGCCUGCACGUUGGAGUUCAACCCAGUGGCUGCUAUGUGGUUGGUGCCUGUCAUGGCGGUAAUCCUGGAACCCGCUGGUGGACACCUAGCGGUGAGGGAUGCCGUCAAGCUGCUGAAAGAGGCCCUGACUGUUGUUUGCGCUUACGCACCAAACGGCAGCUCAGAGUACCCACCCUUUUUGGAUUCACUCGAGGGAGUACUCAAGAGCGCUCCCUCGGGUGAUUGGGAAGAAUGGCCGCCUGGAUCUGAACCCGAGUGGUGUUUUGUUAUUGGACUUUUGUGCUCGUCACAGAUUGUCAAUAACAAUCACCAUGUUCAAACAUAAGGGUGAGCAUAUGUGCACUUGGCACCAGGACACCCUAGGCCGCAGUUCCAUGAUCAACUUUGUAGUUGUGUCAUUGGAUUUGCGGUCUCAUGUUUUGGACCCUCGGGUGAAGAGAGGGGCGUAGCUUCCUACCGAUCCCCACCUGGUGGUGAGUUGGCUGCGAUGGUGGGGGAGGAUGCCAGACAGACCUGGCAGGCCCAAACGCAUUGUGAGGGUUUGCUGGGAACACCUGGCUGAGUCUCCUGUCAGAGAGAGUUUCAAAUCCCACAUCCGGAAGAAUUUUAAACAUGUCACGAGGGAGUUGCUGGACAUUGAGUCUGAGUGGACGAUGUUCCGUACCUCUAUUGUCGGAGCGGCCGAAUGGAGCUGUGGCUGCUAGGUGGUUGGUGCCUGUCAUGGCGGUAAUCCUAGAACCCGCUGGUGGACACCUAGCGGUGAGGGAUGCCGUCAAACGACUGAAAGAGUCCUAUCGAGCUCUUUUGGCUUAUAGGACUCCGGAAGCAGCAGACAGGUACCGACAGGCCAAGCGGUGUGCGCCUUGCGGUCACGGAGGCAAAAACUCAAACAUAAAAGGAGUUCGGGGAAGCCAAGGAAAACGACUUCCGGACGGCUUCGAAGCGAUUCUAGACCACCAUCCGCCGCCUCAGGAAAGGGAAGCAGUGCAAUGUCAACACCAUGUAUGGUGAGGAUUGUGUUCUGCUGACCUCGACUGCGGAUGUUGUGGAUCGGUAGAGGGAGUACUUCGAAGACCUCCUCAAUCCUACCAGCACAUCUUCCUAUGAGAAAACAGUGCCUAGGGUAUCUGUGGUAGGCUCUCCUAUUUCUGGGGCUAAGGUUGCUGAGGUGGUUAAUAAGCUCCUCGGUUCCUUAAGGCUCUGGAUGCUGUGGGGCUGUCUUGGUUGUCGCGUGGACAUCUGGGGCGGUACCUCUGGAUUGGCAGACCGGAGUGGUGGUUCCUCUCUUUAAGAAGGGGAACCGGAGGGUGUGUUACAACUAUCGUGGGAUCACACUCCUCAGCCUUCCCGGUAAGGUCUAUUCAGGUGUACUGGAGAGGAGGCUACGCUGGAUAGUCGAACCUCGGAUACAGGAGGAACAAUAUGGUUUUCGCCCUGGUCGUGGAACUGUGGACCAGCUCUGUACUCUCGGCAGGCUCCUUGAAGGUGCAUGGGAGUUUGCCCAACCAGUCUUUAUGUGAUUUGUGGACUUGGAGAAGGCAUUUGACCGUGUACCCUGAGAAGUCCUGUGGAGAGUGCUCAAAGAAUAUGAUCAGUGUCAGAGCUUGGUCCGCAUUGCCGGCAGUAAGUCGGGCCCGUUUCCAGUGAGGGUUGGACUCCACCAAGGCUGCCCUUUGUCACCGAUUUUGUUCAUCACUUUUAUGGACAGAAUUUCUAGGCACAGUCAGGGCAUUGAGGCUAUCUGGUUUGGUGGCUGCAGGAUUAGGUUUCUGCUAUUUGCAGAUGAUGUGGUCGUGAUGGCUUUAUCUGGCCAAGAUCUUCAGCUCUCACUGGAUCGGUUCGCAGCCGAGUGUGAAGCGACUGGGAUAGGAAUCAGCACCUUCAAGUCCGAGUCCAUGGUUUUCGCCCGGAAAAGGGCGGAGUACCAUCUCCGGGUUAGGGAGGAGUUCUUCCCCAUGUGGAGGAGUUCAAAUACCUCGGAGUCAUGUUUACGAGUGAGGGAAGAGUGGAUCGUGAGAUCAACAGGAUCGGUGCGACGUCUUCAGUAAUGCGCACGCUGUAUCAAUUCGUUGUGGUGAAGAAGGAGCUGAGCCGGAAGGCAAAGCUCUCAAUUUACUGGUCAAUCUACGUUCCCAUCCCCACCUAUGGCCAUGAGCUUUGAGUCAUGACCGAAAGGAUGAGAUCACGGGUACAAACGGCCGAAAUGAGUUUCCUCCGUCGGGUGGCGGGGCUCUCCCUUAGGGUGAGAAGCUCUGUCGUCCGGGAUGAGCUCAAAGUAAAGCCGCUGCUCCUCCACAUUGAGAGGAGCCAGAUUAGGUGGUCCGGGCAUCUGGUCAGGAUGCCACACGAACGCCUCCCUAGGGAGGUGUUUAGGGCACGUCCGACCGGUAGGAGGUCGUUGGAAAGGCUAUCUCUCCGGGCUGGCCUGGGAACGUCUCAGGAUCCCCCGGGAGGAGCUGGACGAAGUGGCUGGGGAGAGGGAGGUCUGGGUUUCCCUACUUAGGCUGCUUCCCCCGUGACCCAACCUCGGAUAAGCGUAAGAAGAUGGAUGGAGGGAUAUAGUAUCACAUCCAAGUUUUGGGUUAA